AUGGCCUUGGAAUCUUCUCCAAUCGCUUGCCGGCCCUCGGAACUCGCCCACUUUGUCCUUCGGACCAAGAACUCACAGCAGUUGAUUGACUUCUAUCAGAACUUCCUCAACGCUAGGAUCACUCACUCGACCGAUAUCAUCACUUUUAUGACCUGGGAUCACGAACACCACCGCUUUGCGAUUCUGAAGGACCCUAAUGCAGUACCGAAACAGGAUAACGCGGUGGGCGUGGACCACUUCGCCCUCACGUUCGACUCCUUGGGACAGUUGUUGCAGGCGUACAAGACCCGAAAGGAAGCGGGUAUCGAGCCUGCAUACUGUGUCAAUCAUGGCGUGUCCAUGAGCAUGUACUACAAGGACCCUGAUGGCAACAAGAUCGAAAACCAGGUCGACGCUUUCGAGACAAAGGAGGAGGCUAUUCAGUACAUGGCGAGUGCGGAGUUUACUAGAGACCCUCGUGGACCGACGUUUGAUCCAGAAGAACUCUUGAGAAGAUUUGAAGCUGGCGAAGAUGAGAAGAUUUUGAUGAAGCGAACUUGA